AUGUUGCUUUACAGGAAACUGUUUCAGCUUAGGUUUGAAAUUAGAUAUGCUUAUGACAGAGUUCUGAAUAGGUUUUUUCACGACAGCAGAAACAUACCUUACCGUUUAAACUCCUUUGACUGCAUGCGUCUGUUACAAAGUUGUAGAGAUAUUCAGCAGUUGAAGGUGACUCAUGGAUUGAUCAUAACCAAUUGUUACCAACAGAACCCACUUCUUGCUGCAAAGCUGGUAAGCUGCUAUAUGGACAAGGGGGCUAGUGUGAAUGAUGCUCGCUUGGUCUUUGAAUGCACAAAAGAGAGGGAUGUUCUUCUGUGGAACGUUAUGAUCCAGGCUUAUGGAACAGUGGGUCCACAUGGUGAAGCUGUUAGUUUGUUUCAGCAGAUGCGGACAUGCAUUAAGCCAAAUAUAUAUACAUUUCCUUUUGUGCUCAAGGCUUGCGCUGCAAUGGGUGAUGGUAGAAAGACUAAAGAGAUCCAUGCUGAUAUCUUGAAAGCUGGGAUUCAGGAUAACGUUUUUGUUUGCAACAGCCUUAUUUCAGCAUACAGCAGGUGCAGUGAGAUCAAAGCAGCUUGUAAAGUGUUUGAUAGAAUCUUUGCAAGAGACAUAAUUAGUUGGAACUCCAUGAUCAUGGGCUACGCUCAAAAUGAUUGUUGGAAGGAGGCCUUGAUGCUGUUCCACAGGAUGCUGACAGAAUUCCCUGGAAAGCCGGAUUUGAUCACCAUGCUUUCCAUACUUCCUGCUUGUGGUCGAUUGGCAGCGCUGCAGCAGGGGUUGUGGAUCCACACAUACUUGAUCAAGAACCAAUUGGAGAUAGACAUGGUAUUGGGUAGCGCACUGAUCAUGAUGUAUUCGAAGUGUGGAUGCCUUCAAGUUGCUCGGCGAGUGUUUGAAAUGAUACCAAAAAGGAAUGUGGUGCUGUGGAAUUCAAUCAUCGGCAGUUACGGCUUUCAUGGGGGUGCUUGGGAAGCCUUGGAAUUAUUCUCUCAGAUGCUUGAAACAGGUGUGGCUCCAGAUGAUGUCACAUUUGUGUAUGUGCUAUCUGCAUGCAGUCAUGCAGGUUGCCUAGCACGAGCAUGGCAUUACUUUGACAUGAUGCAGAACCAUUUUGGGAUUCUACCUACUGAGGAGCAUUGUGCUUGCGUGGUAGAUAUGCUGGGCCGAGCUGGUAAACUUGAAGAAGCCAUGAGCUUUAUCAGAGGCAUGUCACUUGAGCCAGGGCUUGAAGUGUGGGGAGCCUUGCUUGGUGCAUGCCGAAUACACAAUAAGAUAGAUCUAGCAGAAGCAGCAGCAAAAGAACUGUUUGUCCUCGAGAGCACAGAUGCUGGCCGCUAUGUCCUUCUAGCAAAUAUUUAUGCUGCUGCUAGAAGAUGGGAGGAUGUAGCCAAGGUAAGGAGAGUGAUGAGGGAAGGCAAGGUAAGGAAGCCACUAGGCUGUAGCAUGAUUGAAAUUGAACGCCAGACUCAUGCUUUCGGCUCAUAUGACCAAACUCACCCUCUACUGAAUAGUAUUUACGCCAUGUUGGGAUGGUUGGAGCAAAAUAUGAAGGAAUUACAUUCUCCCAUAGCACCAAAUGGCGUUCUUCAAAAUGUGGAGGGAGAAGUGGAAGAUGAAUACUCUGCAUCAUGAUAAGUGUCGUGCAGCUCCCAUGGCUACCAUGUGAGUUAUUGACCGAUUCUCUCCUUAUCCGCCAUGGCACAGGUUAAGAUUGUCUGGGAAACGACACUUCUAGUGCCUUUGUUCAGUAGGUUUUCGAUACAGGGAUAGUGCAAAUUUCUUUCUUUGGUGGCCUGCAUUUUUUGCCUCGCAGUUUAAUGUAACAUAAAAAUCUCAAUAUUGGAAACUGACAUUGUCUGCAAUGUGAGUUCCAUUGGUACUGCUGUUCGUGGUUUCCUAUCCAAUGCUAGUCUACCGCCAACUGCCUUCUCAAUGUAAUGAUCAUCAUUUGUAACCAACUGGUCCAUUUUCUUGGGUUGACUGUGGGUGCCGUCCCGUAGGGGCUCCAUCGCUGUGGUUGGGUUUAGUUACUUGGUCAAGUAGGGGGCAAUGCUCUGUACAACAGUACAAGACAUUUUCUGAAGACAUGAAGUCUGAACUGCGAACGGUUUUACACAAAAGCCUUGACCCGUCUUUCUUCUGUCAAUAUUGACUGAACAAAUAGGACCUGAUGGUAGAGCGAUCAAUUGUUCGUCUUCUUGAACUGAUAUGUAUUUUGAUAAGAUCAUGCAUAACAAACCAGUGAACCACUACUACGUUGAAGAUGUGUAUGGCAGUUCUUUUCUUGGUUCCAGCAUGGUUUUCAUCCUGUUUUUGUUAA